AUAUAUAGUCCAAAUAAACAUACAUUCGAGUGAGUGGAAGACACAAUUAUUUCCAACAUCUCCAUACAGUAUAGCCUAGUAGCCUAUUCAGCCUCCUUGGAUUGGUGCGCCGGUCAGUGUUGGCUCUUGGCACAGGGGUUAGAGGCACAUCUGCUGUCGACAGAGGCUCGUGGUCCUUCUCUAUCAGACAUUCUUGAUCAGAAGAAAACGUCCGGAGCGAAGAUUUUAAUCAACGAGCCGACUGUGCGUCACUACAAAAUCGUUAUUUUGAAAGCGCCCCCGUGCAUUUUACUCCUUCAGUUUGCCUUUUUUCCGUGCGUCGUGGAGAAGGAAACACUGACGGUGUAUCCGAUGCUCCUGCAAAACGGAUAACGGAAUAUUCUAUGUAUGUUUGACGAAGGUUGUACAUUUGGCCAAACCCAUUCAUUGUAAGGAUAAGAAACGCUGCGCGGUCGCAACGUUUUCAAUCUCCUGUUUGCUUCUUUAUUAUUGCUUUAUUGCUGUGGGCUGAGGAAAUACAUUGUAUUUCUAGCGUAGUGUUACGUAAGAGUGACUUUAUCCAAGGUGCUGAAUUGAACGGUAUAGCGGGGACACAGAAGGAAGAAGGCAAUCUUGUUUCAGUCUACCCAGAAGGUCACAGGCCUAUACGUGGGAGAUUUGGAGAGGACCGCACAGCACUGGCAUCGUUGAUACCCGUAUUCCUGUAGCAAGACCGGCUUUUAUUUCUCUCUUUGGUUAAAUACAUUCUUAAGGUGGUCGACUACACGAGGAGAAAAUGUCGGGGCAGACGCUCACGGAUCGUAUUGCCGCUGCGCAGUACCAGUUGACGGGAUCAGAGGUAUCUCGCGCCGUCUGCAAAGCCACCACUCACGAGGUGAUGGCGCCCAAGAAAAAGCACCUGGAAUAUCUGAUAUCGGCCACCAAUGCGACCAACGUGAACAUCCCUCAGAUGGCUGACACUCUGUUUGAGAGGGCCACCAACGCCAGCUGGAUUGUCGUCUUCAAGGCCCUAGUCACCACACACCACAUGUGUGUCCAUGGAAACGAGAGGUUCAUCCAAUACCUGGCCUCCAGGACCGCUCUGUUCAACCUCAGCAACUUUAUCGACAAAACAGGCUCCCACGGCUAUGACAUGUCUACGUUCAUCAGACGUUACGGCCGCUACCUCAAUGAGAGGGCCUUUGCCUAUCGCCAGAUGGCUUUCGACUUCACCAAAGUCAAGAAGGGUGCUGAAGGGGUGAUGAGGACAAUGGCUCCAGACAAGCUGUUAAAAGGCAUGCCCGUCCUGCAGACCCAGAUCGACACACUGCUGGAGUUUGAUGUCCACCCCAAGGAGCUGAAUAACCCUAUCAUCAACGCAGCGUUCCUGCUGCUCUUCAAGGAUCUGGUCAAGCUGUUUGCCUCCUACAACGAUGGGGUCAUCAAUCUAUUAGAGAAAUACUUUAAGAUGAAGAAGAGCGACUGCAAGGAGGCCUUGGAGAUCUAUAAGAGGUUCCUGACCAGGGUCACCAAGAUCGGAGAGUUCAUGAAGCUCGCUGAGACAGUCGGUGUCGAAAAAAAUGACAUUCCAGACAUCAACUAUGCUCCCAGUAGCAUCCUGGAGUCUCUGGAGACACACAUGAACAGCUUGGAGGGGAAGAAGGGUGAAGGGUCUCCAACAAAGGGGUCCCCCACCAAUAACGUGUCCCCGACCUCCACCCCCGCCAAAUCUGCAGCCGCCGUGCCCACCCUAGUGCCGCCCCCCGAAGAAGCCACUGAUUCUCUGUUGGAUCUGGACCCUCUGUCCUCCUCUGGUCCGUCAGCAGGAGCCUCAGCAGCCCCUAUGUCCUGGGGAGACCUCCUUGGAUCAGAAAUGGGCGAGUCCAUGCUUCCUGACCCCACCCUCGCUGUAGACACCGCUCCCUCUCCCGCGGGGGUAACGCCCACCCCUGUAGCCGCAGAGCCAGGAGUCACUCUGGCUCCUCCCCCUAGUGCGGCCGCCACCAACCCCCCCGGUGCGACGAAUAUGGAUCUGCUGGGAGAUGCGUUUUCGACCCCUGCUCCCGCCUCUGAUGCCGCUGCCGAGGGCGGGGCUCCGGCCCCCACGCCAACCCCAGCUGCCGACGCUGCAGCCGACUCCACCGGUGGAGAAACCCAGCCUGCUGCACCUGCAGCUGCCUCUGGUGCUGAGCUGAUGGCAGCGUUUGAUGGUCUAGGGGAUGUGAUGAUGCCUGCCAUGACGCCCCAGACUGGGGCCGCCUCAUCUCCAGUUAAACAUAUGGGAGGGGACCUAGACGCCACCAUGGCUAACAUGGCUAGCAAUCUGGGAAUGGGGAGCCAAAAAACGGGGGAGAACACGAUGGGAAGUGGAGGCUGGUCAACUCCUCAGGUAGCUCCUCCAAGUUGGGGCGCUCCCAUGAACGUUCCAAUGGGAUCCCCUUCUUUUAUGGGGUCUUACCAAGGAUUCAGCAUGGGCGGGGCGGCCGGCGCUGGAGCUCCCAUGAUGCCCAUGGUUAGGCCAGGCUUUGGAGCCCCUGCAGCCCCAGGAGCACCGAUGGGAUCUCCAGGGAUGGCCGGGAGCCCGAGGAGGCCUCCGCCCCCCAAGAAUGCCCUGGAUGACCUCAACAUCAAGGACUUCAUGUAAACCCCUCUAACCCAUCCCUCUGAGAGGUUGUUGUUAUGUCUGGAGCUGUGGAUGUGGAUGUGUGCACCCCCGUCUCCCUCCUGUCACGCCCCAGCCCCUUCAGCCAAUCAACCAUCAGCACUACGACCCCUGUCCUCUGACUUCCCCGUAACCUCUGUCUGCUGUUGUAACAAAAGCUGUGGAUGUGAAUCAUAGACACAGAAAACUAAACUGUGUAUGAGUGUGUGUGUACUUCAAUGUUAUCCUUUACCUAAACUAAGAAAAAAAUGUACCAUAAAAAAUGAUAGUGUAUUUAGAUUUGUUCUGGAACUCCCACGUGUCAGCUGACUUGGAAUGGUGGAUCUGUGUUGAUUUUCUUGCGCGUUUCCCAGACGAGGAUUGUGUUGUUAACCGUGGACUGUGUUCGGUGUGUGUAAACCUCACUGGCCAAUCCCUGCCCUAUCCUGUCCCUCGCUAUCCAAUCAAAUUCUGUAUAUUGCUGUCUUUGUAACAUCAUUCAACACUUAGUUGUACUCCUCUCCAUUAAUUGAGCCACCCAGCCUCUUUGAGAACAGAUGCAGUAAUAUUGAAAUAUGUACAACUGUCACCACAAAUCUGGGUUUACGAGAUGACAAAUCAUACGACAAAAUGUUUUGUUUUUAUUUUGUCUAUUUUUUUGAUUGUGUGUUACAUGCAACAUUUGUGGACUAUGUUCAAAUUGACAUAUGCAUUUUAGAAUAUUUUUAAGUAUAGAUUAUACAUAUAUUUCUUUAAUCUUUAUUUUGAGAGAAAAUGUAUCAUAUAUUUUAGUUAUGUCUAUGAAUUCUAGGUUUUUAAAAAAUUCAAGCAGUUUCGAAAAAUAUCUCUCAUCUGUAUUUGGAGGCAGCACUGAAUGCAAACUCAGUCCCCAGUGUUUACUGUGGCUCUCCCUGCUGGUGUGGAGUGUUACUGCAUUUGACCAUGUCAAGUGAAGUUGAUCUAGGCUGCAUCCACAUACUUUAAAAAAUCCUCAUUUACUUGUCUCCUUUACUUAACGGCCAAUUAUCUGAAUUGAAUUGAUAGGUGAAAGGCAAUUGGUGAAAACCAACCAGUGGUCAUGAAAUGAAGGAGACAAGGAAAGGAGGUUUGUAAAUAUUGUUGGGACACAGCCCAUGUCAACCUAAGGCUUAGGGGGCAAACUCAUUCCACGGAGGACCGAGUGUCUGCAGGCUUUCGCUCCUACUUUAUACUUAAUUGAUGAAUUUAAGGUCACUAAUGAGUAAGGAACUCCCCACACGUGGUUGUCUAGGGCUUACUUGAAAGGACAAACCAAAAAAAACAGCAGACACUAGGCACUUCAUGGAAUAAUUUUGACAACCCUGACCUAAGGUCAUUGUGGAGCAGUGAUCAGUAGAGUUGUAUUGUCUCCCGUAGCAACACUCCAGAGGUGUUGGGAACUCGUUAGCUGUAAACCGCUCAGAUAUACACUGGAUGUUCCAUGUGUUGUUUUUCUUCCAAAGUGACUAUCGUAAUCUGUUGUGGGAAAAAAAGUAUUGAGAAAGAAAAAGAGGAAUAAAACGUAUAAAAUAAAAAAUGUGGAUAACAAUAUUUGCUAUAUGUUUGGUUGAAGGCAGUGUUUGGUUCUUGGAUGGCAUCACUCCUCUCCUCUCCCCCACUUGCAUGUGAGUCCCUUGAGAUGCAAUAAAAUACAAAAUACACUGGU